AUGUCCUACGGCGCCUACUGCAACUUGCCACCUAAAAGUGUGGUGAGAUGCAGCAAGUACACUGUUGCCAAGAGGAAUAAAAAUAGGAGUUUGACUUUGCAGGCCAAUGGUGUUGGACUAGUGGUUGGCACGAUCGAAAGCUUCAUUAGUGACCCUGCCGCUUGUCCCCACACCCUGCUGGCAACUCACUUUCAUACGGUGCACGACCACCUCCCAGCCACACCACACGUCACGUAUCUGACAUUCGAAAGCCUUCGCCAUGAAGGUGAACUUGUGUACCUGUAUCAGCUCAAGGAAGGCCGUGCUUCCAGCAGCUAUGCCAGCCUGGUUGGCCAAGCAGCGGGCCUCUCGAAGGACAUCGUUCAGCGACAGCAGCAGAUCACACAGGCCUUCAGUUCGAAGAGAAAGCUGCUGCCCCAGCUGAUGACUCGGAAGGAGCCCGUGUGGAACAAGGCAUUGCCAUUGGUCCAGAUGCUCCUGGAUGCCGACCUCUCCACUCAGGAAGGAGCCGAAGAACUCCUCAGAAAUAUGCCUGCAGCUCUCAAGUGAUGCCGAGUUUGACCAGACCUGCAUAUCCCUUUAGAAAUUUGCAGCCAUAGCCUCUGACAGGAUACAGAGUUUCUUCAUGUUUGCUUACGAUAGCAAC